GGGGAAGCUGGCGCAGUAUGGGGGCAAGACCAUCAGCUGAUUGUAGAGAGCCAGUCAAGGGCUGGCGAUAAAAGGGCGGGGCCGCGGCCGACGUCACUGCCGCGGCCGACGUCACCGCCACUUGCCGCAUCCUCAAGAUCUCUCUGGUGCAGCUCGGGUGCAGGUCUCUGCGGGAGCCACCCUAGACCUCUGCAGCUUCUCCUGUUAACAUGGCCGACUCGGAAAACCAGGGACCUGCGGAGGCAAGCCAGGCGGCGGCGGCAGCGGCGGCGGCGGCGGCGGCGGCGGCAGCGGCAGCGGAGGCGGCCGCAGCGGAGGAGGUAAUGGCGGAAGGCGGUGCGCAGGGGGGAGACUGUGACAGCGCGGCUGGCGACUCCGACAGAGCGGCUGGUCAGACGGCCGAGGAGCCCCAGACCCCAGCAGAGAAUGCACCAAAGCCGAAAAAUGACUUUAUCGAGAGCCUGCCUAAUUCGGUGAAAUGCCGAGUCCUGGCCCUUAAAAAGCUGCAGAAACGAUGCGAUAAGAUAGAAGCCAAAUUUGAUAAGGAAUUUCAGGCUCUGGAAAAAAAGUAUAACGACAUCUAUAAGCCCCUACUUGCCAAGAUCCAAGAGCUCACUGGUGAGAUGGAGGGAUGUGCAUGGACCUUAGAAGGGGAGGAGGAGGACGACGACGAGGAAGAGUACGAGGAUGAGGAGGAGGGGGAAGAGGAGGAGGAGGAGGAGGAGGAAGCUGCGGCAGAGGCUGCUGCGGAGGCGGCCGCUGCCAAAGAUGAGGGUCCCCAUUCUGCGGUGUCUGAUGACGCCAAGAAAUAAGCGGGGGCAGAGAUUCUGAAGAGGAGGAUGACGCCGAAAACAAAUACCCUAUUUCUUUUCUUUUUUUUUUGAAUAUUGGUGGACUUAAAAAUAAGGCUCAGGUUUGGGACCAAAAUACAACGAAUCAAUACUGACAUUCCUAAUAUUAAAUUGAAGCAAUCAGAUCCUGGCCAGCCCGUUUCAAAUUUGAUUUUCAUUUUGAAACAAUAAAUAUAUCAAAAGGUGUUGAGGAAAACGAGUUAAAUUUAAAAUGAGUUUUUCAUGAUCUCUUCUGUGAGGACUGCAACUGAGGCUUAGUAAGGGUGUCAGGUAGAUGUGAAGUAAAGAAUGUCACUUUGAAACCUAUUCAUCCCACAGCCAUCACACUACACACAGAACACCCAGGCCAAGACUGAACAUGUUCUCAGUGUUUAAUUCUUCAGUUUCUUUAGUCUGGACAUUUUCCAGUGCAGGAAAAGCAGAACCCAAGACUCUCAUCUUAAGACUUUGCUUUUGUAACCCAGACAUCAGCUUUACACUUGAGAGAAGAGUGACGAAUGGAGGAAGCCUGUGAUGGAGAUCAUGACAGUACUGCUUAAUGAGGCCUGGAAAACUGCCACUUCAAAUUCUAAAGAAUGUUCUAAAUAUUUGAAUUUAGAGAAGCAACAUGGUUCUGAGAAGGAGGGUGUAUAACCUGUAUAAUAUUGUCAACAUAUGUGUUUGUUAUUUACAGUCUCAUGUUUAUGUGUUUUCUUGGUAGUGUCUAUUUACAAAGGUGUAAAAAAAACAAACCCAAAAUGUUUAAGUAUUAAAUCCUUUUACCUAGCAUUCUAGAAAUAUUAAUUUACUUGAAAAGAUGUAGAAUGUAGCCAAUUCUGUAAAGCAUGUGUAUUCAGUGUUAUGUAGUUUGAUCUUUGUGAAGUCUUUUGUCAUGUAGCUUUUAGAAUGUAGCUGUGAAAAUUACCAGAACUCUUCAACGAAGCUAAUGUUUGGAAAAAAUAUAUACUUGAAGAACCAAUCCAAGUGUGUGUCCCCACCCCCAGCUCAGAAGUAGAAGGGUUUAAGUUUGCUUGUAUUAGCUGUGCCUUCAUUAUUUUGCUAUGUAAAUGUGACAUAUUAAAUAAAAAAUGGUGCAUAUUCAAAUUUUACUGCUUGAGGACAGACUGACAUACAGUUAAGGAUUUUUAGGAAGGACACAUUUAAUGUAAAGACUUUUAGCUUCUUUGUGGGUUUUGAAUUUUGUGUGACUCCGUGAUCUACGAAGAAACAAGCAUAAAGUUGUUUACCACUGUAGUGUUAAUAAAACUAUUUUCAAAAAACAAAA